AAGGGGUGGCAGGUGCCAUGUCCGUCCAGGAAGGUGGCAAGAAGCCCCUGAAACAGCCCAAGAAGCAGGCCAAGGAGAUGGAUGAGGAAGAUAAGGCUUUCAAGCAGAAACAAAGAGAAGAGCAGAAGAAACUUGAGGAGCUAAAAGCGAAGGCCAAGGGGCAGGGGCUCCUGGCCACAGGUGGAAUUAAGACGUCUGGCAAAAAGUAAGCUGUUCCU